AUGGAGUCUAAUCCUCCUCCUCCUCCUAAUCAAAAGCCUCAUGCUGUAUUUGUUCCAUUUCCAGCACAGGGUCAUAUCAACCCAAUGAUGCAACUAGCCAAACUCUUCCGUUGCAACGGUUUCCACAUAACCUUCGUCAACACUGAGUUCAACCACAAACGUUUGAUUAAAUCUCUCGGGUCAGAGUUUGUGAAAGGUCUCCCGGAUUUUCAAUUUGAAACCAUACCUGAUGGUUUACCAGAAUCAGAUAAAGACGCAACACAAGACGUUGAGCCGUUGUGUGAAGCAGUUAGAAAAAACUGUUAUGCUCCAUUGAAAGAGCUUGUGAUUAAGCUCAACACACAUAUUCCAGUUACUUGUGUAGUUGCUGAUGGGCUUUCGGGGUUUGCUGGAAGAGUAGCGAAAGAUUUGGGCAUUCAAGAGUUGCAGUUUUGGACAGCUUCAGCUUGUGGAUUUCUGGGAUAUUUGUAUUUUGAUGAACUUGUCAAAAGAGGAAUUCUUCCAUUCAAAGAUGAAAAUUUUGUUGUGGAUGGUACCUUAGAAACAAGUUUAGAUUGGACUUCAGGAAUGAAAGAUAUCAGACUAAAAGAUCUUCCAAGCUUCAUUAGAAUCACUGAUCUAAAUGAUAUUAUGUUUGAUUUUCAAGGCUCUGAAGCACAAAAUUGUUUGAGAUCAUCAACAAUUAUAAUUAACACAUUUGAAAAAUUGGAAGGUGAAGCUCUCGACACACUUAGGGUCAAAAACCUAAACAUAUAUAGCAUUGGUCCCCUUCACAUGCUUGGUAGGAACUUUCCAGAAAAGGAACAUGGUUUUAAGGAGAGUGGUUCGAGUUUAUGGAAAAAUGACAAAGAAUGCAUAAAAUGGCUGAACAAAUGGAAACCUCUCUCUGUCCUCUAUGUUAAUUAUGGAAGUGUGACUGUUAUGACAAAUCAACACUUGAAAGAAUUUGCUUGGGGAAUAGCAAAUAGUAAAUUACCAUUCUUAUGGAUAAUGAGGCCUGAUACAGUAAUGGGUGAAGAGAUUACAUCUUUACCACAAGAAUUCUUAGAUGAGGUAAAGGAUAGAGGAUACAUAACUAGUUGGUGCUUUCAAGAGCAAGUUCUUGCUCAUCCAUCAAUUGGAGGAUUUUUAACUCAUUGUGGUUGGAAUUCUACACUUGAAGCUAUUUCUUCAAGUGUUCCUACUAUUUGUUGGCCUUUUUUUGCUGAGCAACAAACAAACUGCAGAUAUUUAUGUAACACUUGGAGAAUAGGGGUGGAAAUUAACUAUGAUGUAAAAAGGGAUGAGAUAACAAAAAUUGUGAUGGAAUUGAUGGAAGGAGAAAAGGGUAAAGAAAUGAGACACACAUGCUUGGAAUGGAGGAAGAAAGCUACAAAAGCUACUGAUUUGGGAGGAUCAUCAUACAAUAAUUUUUAUAAGUUAAUCAAAAAGGUUCUUCAUCACAAUAUUACUUGA